AUGGAAAAGUUAAAUAAGGAAAAUUCAAUUACGGUUCAGGGAGUAAUGACCCCAGUACCGGCGGCUUUGGGUAGUGCGCGAGCAGGCUACCAGUCGUCGAAAUCCAGCGUCUGCAAUGUUACCCCCGUAAGCUUGGCUAAGCGUCACUUACGCAGUUUCACUAUUGCAAAACUCUAUUAUAAAGUCAACGAAUUCGCCACAGCCGAACAAUAUCUUUGCUCUUAUUUGAGCGUUAAAGAAGACAAUGAUCAGGCUCAUAAAUUACUUGGCCAAUGUUAUCAACGCCUUAAAAAACCCGACAAAGCUUUACAAUCAUUUCAGCGUUCCUUACAAUUGAAUCCCAAACAAUCGGAUGUUUUAGCCGAAGUUUGUCAACUAUUGUUGGACGAUAAGAAUUUGAAUAGUAAUAAAGCUAAAUAUUGGUGUGAAUUGGCCGAAUCGGAAAAGGUUCAAAAUGAGGCUGUAUUUUCUUUACGUCUAAAACUUAUGAAUAAAGAUAAUCUAGGCACUAAUCAGGUGGAGGAAUUGAUUCAAAAAGAAAUCUCCGCACGACCAAAUGAUGUACAAUUGAGAGUGAGACUAGUGCGUAAUUACGUGGAAAAAAAUCAAAUAUUAGAUGCUUUCAAGUAUGUACAUCAAUUGGAGAUGAGCCACAAGGAUGAAUUUGUGACAAGCAGUGAAUGGUAUAAUGUUGUUUGGCUAGUUUUGAAUAAAUACGAACAAAUGCCAAAUACCAAAAAAGACUGGGACUUUUGGCUAUUGUUGGCCAUAUGUUUGGAACGUCAGGUUCAUAUAUCAUUCUCCUUGACAGCUGGCACCUCUCUAAUAGGUGGUGGUGUAACUGAAACAGCAAAUUUACUCUUCAACUUGGAUCAAUAUCUUUUUAAGAUUUCACAGUUGUCGGAGAAGUUUUGUGCCCAAAAGGAAUUGGUAGAAUUGUUCCUUGAACAUUACCGCGGUCAGUUAUUGUUGCAUGCCACUGCUUUAAUUUUUAAACGAGAAUUAUUGCAAAAUAAAAAUAAAUGGAAGGAAACUACCAGAGCUGUUUUGCCUCUUUUAAUGUUGGCCUAUCAAAUCGAGGCACCAGACACCAAAGAACCCUGGAUGAAACAUUGCGAUGAGCAAAGUAAACAAUUAAUAGCUCUGUGGCAGAGAGAGGGAUCCUUCCGUUGUGCUCAGAUGGGCAGAACUUUACUUUCCUGCAUCAACGAUGAUCCUGCAGUCAACAAGGAAAAUGCUCAUAAUAUUAACAAUUUAUUGGGUUCUCAGUCAUCAAGCUUGUGGAAUAGUAAUGAUGAACUCUUAAGCCAAGUACGCCAAACUUGCAGUGAUCGGCAAUGGAGGAAAAAUAUUUUUGCUUUAUUAUUCUGCAACAGUGACCAAAAGGUUAAAGAACAAUCAUCUCUUUUUGCCAAAAGUCCUAAACUGAGUGAACCUCUGUACGAAUUGCCAACAUAUGCUGAUAUAGAACGUUAUGAAGAUGCUGCCCAGUACUUAAGACCACAGUCUUUGCAACACAUGGUCUAUUUGUGUCUGGGAAAUGAGAAUUUGGCUUAUGUAAAGGCCAAAUAUUUCAGUGGUUUAAAUUUCUCCACACAAAAUCUAUCGUUCUGUGGAGCCGAAUCCUUAAAUCAAUUGGAUGUUGAUAGUUUCCUUUAUGCUGCCACAAUACAGGCCAAGAGAGCUUUGGAGGUGGAUAGAGAAGCCUUUGAUAACUAUCAGUCAGGCAAUAGCACUGCUGCUGGUAAACCUAAAAUUUUGCCAUUUGUUAAUAUACAGAAUCUGCUGUGUUCGGAAGAGCAGUCACAGUGGUGGCAAGCUGCGUAUAUGGUGUACAAAAAUCUAAGCAAUGGCAGUGAUUUGGCUGAACUGAGAGCUAGUUUGCAGUAUGGCAUCGAGGCUGUUAGAGGCAUUAAUGGACCCAAGUUAGACAUGGCUAUUGUAUUCAAAUUGGGACAAUUGUUUGUGGCCCGAGCCCAAGAUAUUGUAAAACCCAUAGAAAAGGCAUUCCUUGAAGCCAGAGCCGAAUCAAUCUAUAAAUAUGGUUUGAAUAUGAUGAAAAUGCAUAACAAGGGCGUUUUGGAACCCUUCCGCAAAUAUUUCAAGUACGCUAAGUCUCAAAGUUCGGCCGCUGAACGUGAUUUAGCCGCUGCAGCAGAAGAUGCUGUUUCAUAUUUGGCAACACGUUAUUUCAAAAAAUCCGAAUAUGAGGAUUUAAUUGAAGAAUUGACAGGUAUACAACUGCCCUUUGCCACCUAUUUACAAGCCGAGGCUUAUCGCAAACUCGACGAGGCCAGCAAGACUCCUAAAAAGACUAAACGCAUGUAUUUGGAUCGUGCCAGUGAUUGUCUCAAUCAAACUUUAGCUUUACUGAAAAGCAGUGCUCAUGCAGAUCCCAAUCAUCCUCUUAACUCCGUCAUACACAGCGAAAUCAAAAGACUACAACAGGCCUCAGCACGUUAUCUAAACGAUUCCAACACUGUUUUCAGUCCCAAUUCAAUACACAACAAUUCCAGCACUUAUGAAGAUGCCGAAGAAGAUUUCUAUGCUGAAAACCCGAUCUUAGCGUCUGGUUCUAUCAUGAAUUCUACUCGUGCUAGACGUGAAACAAUAUCCAAUGCCAAUGCUUUAAUGUCUUCACACAAUCUGGAAAUGGAAAAUCUAGUAAAACAAAUGGCCAACACUUUGACCAUGCUCAAAGAUGAAAUUAUGGAGACUCUUAAACCGGAAUUACGUAAUGUUACCAAGGAAAUUUCUAGCUUAAAAGAAAAACUCUCCAGUGUUGAAGAUGCCAUGAAGAAAAUGAGAAUUUCUUCAAAUCCACCCUCUAGGGAUGAUGCCUCUAAUGUUUUAGAUGAUUUGUAUCUUAUCGAGGACACUUUGCAGCAACAGUUGUAUCAGCAGCAACAACAAACAAAUGCCAAUCAAUAUGCUCCUAAUGCGGGUGGUGUUUCAAAUGGGCCAAACAUGAUGUCCAACUCACCAUUCAUGGCACAGCAGCAACGUUUGCAGGCGGCAGCUUAUAACAGCCCUAUGUUUCCACCUAAUCCACAUAAUUAUCCCAUGAACUUCUAUGGUCAUCCCAAUCAACCCAAUCCCUAUAUAAUGACACCACAACCGGGAGCACCACCCAUUAACCAACGCCCUGGUCCUCUACCUUCAUUGCCGUAUUUGGAACCUACAGUACCAGUACCACCGGCUGGUUUGAACUUCAAUAUGCAGGCAUCCUCGACACCUUUAUUACCACCACCUAACCAACCUCCUGCACCUUUAGCUGUGGAGCCCAAUAGAACUAGCAAUUUGUACAAUUUGUUGCAACAGCCACCGGUAUCAAUCACACCCAAUAUCACCAAUAUAUCAGCAGCACCUCCCACCAUACCCACCUAUGCAAACACUCCCCUUACCCAUACGACAUCUAUGAGCAUGCCAGUACCAGCUGCUAAUACCGCCCCAAUAAAUAUAACACCAACCACUACUAUGCAAUUCCAUAAAACUUUAAAUAACCAACCCGUGGAAAAGGGUCCACCCGCUAAUGUGGUUAUAACUAGCUCUGAUCCUUUACCUAAUCCCAAUAGCAUUCCUAUACAAUCUCAACAGCAAACUCCUUUAAGUGUUACCAUACCCUCUCAUCAUAUUAAACCAAGCUUAGUAAGCCAAGCACCACCACAACAAGAAAUAGCUCCAUUGGCCAACAAUAAAACAGUAACAACCACUGUUAGCUCCACUACGAAUACAUUUGGUGUCACAAUUGCUACCUCAACGUUUAGCUUUAAACCUCAAAUUGCAGCAGCUGCUGCCCAAGCAAACAACGCUUCCCAAGCCAAUGAUACCCUUAAUAAAACUUCUGAAAGUGUGGGUAGUGAUUUUAAUAGAUCUGGCAACGAGGAAAUUGAAUACGAUCCACGUCCUGACUUUAAACCCAUUAUUCCGCUGCCCGAUGAAAUAGAGGUACGCACUGGUGAAGAGGAUGAAGAAGUUAUGUUUUGCCAUAGAGCUAAAUUAUUCCGUCAUUUGGAUAAAGAGUGGAAGGAACGUGGUAUUGGCGAUAUUAAGAUACUCAAAAAUAAGGAGGGUAGUUCUCGCAUUUUGAUGAGACGUGAUCAGACCCAUAAAAUCUGUGCCAAUCAUGUCAUUACACCCGAAUUAGUCUUAACUGUACCCAAGAAUGAAACUAAGGGCUUUAUAUGGGCGGCUAACGAUUUUGCUGAUGAAUCUUUACAAUUGGAGAAAUUCUUUGUGCGUUUCAAGUUGCCCGAAACAGCUAAACAAUUCCAGGAAGCCUUUAAAAAGGCCCAAAAAGAAGCUGAAGAAAAAACAACAGUUACAGCAACUAAAAAGGAAGAAAAACCUAAAGUCACCACCGCGGUAUCAAAUGCUACGGCACCAUUUUCAUUGGCCAAGUCAAAUGUAACCAAUUUUGUUACCAGUACACCAGCGCCAAAGAGCGAGACCGGUUUUGCUGGCCAAGGAAAAGCUGUUUUUGGUCAACCCAUAACUCCAGUGCCAGCUACUACUGCUGCUGCCAACACACAAGCUUCAAAAUCAUUAUUUAGCGGCCUUAAUUUGUCAACAAAAUCUUCCACAAACACUGAGACACCAAACAAACCUGCAACCACUAACUCGACUACAGCUUCACCAUUUGCUAACUUUACUUUUGGAAAGCCAGCAGCAGCACCUACAGCUGUUACACCAGCUGUAAGUGUGGCUAAAGUCACUACCACCAGUAGUACUGCUUCACCUUUCGCUAGUAUCUUUAGCAACUUGUCAACCUCUCCAUUCACAAGUACACCCAGUACCACCACUACAACAUCUGCUGCUGUUAUACCCACUACCGUUAAUGAAACGGCCAAUGCCAGUAACUUAAAUAAAUCUACAGCUUCCGACAAUGAAGACGAAUAUGUACCAACAGCACAAUUUAAUCCAGUCAUACCGCUACCAGAUCUGGUAGAAGUGAAUACGGGCGAGGAAAACGAAGUGGUACUAUUCGAACAUCGGGCUAAACUCUUGCGAUUUGAUAAAGAAGCUGGUGAAUGGAAAGAACGUGGUCUUGGCAACAUUAAACUGUUGCAGGACAAAGACGAUAUCAAUAAAGUACGUUUGGUUAUGCGUAGAGAACAGAUACACAAGCUAUGCUGUAAUCAACGUAUAUAUAAAGACACUUCCUUCAAAUAUGCCAAAAACUCAAAAACCGCUUUAUCGUGGGCUGGUCAGGACUUUUCUGAGAAUGAGUUGGUUACUGAAAUGUUGACGGUACGUUUUAAACUUCCCGAAACUUGUGCGCAAUUCUUGGAAGCUAUACAAAAAGCCCAAGCCCUUAUGAACAGUGAUGGUGAGGAGGCCACUUCUAAAGCCAAUGAAAAGAAGAAAGAAUCUGCUGAUGCUAAACCAGCUAAAGGUUUUGGUGAUGCUUUUAAGCCGAAAGCUGGUUCCUGGUCUUGUGAAGCUUGCUACAUAUCAAAUCCUGCUGAUCAAUUGUAUUGUGUAGCUUGUGAUACACCUAAAGAUAAUACGGUUCCCAAAAAAGAAGCCAACUCAAAUAUUUUGGCCACCAGCAGCAACACUAAGUUUAGUUUUGGUUUUGGCGCUGCUUCUCCAGCAGCAGGACAAACUCCAGCUGUCACUAGUAAGCCUACAUUAGGAUUUGGUACACCUACAGCCACUACCAGUAUCACAAAAUCGAAAGACACUGCAACUCCUGCUGCCGGAGGAUUUGGUGAUGCCUUCAAACCAAAAGCUGGUUCUUGGACGUGUCAAGGUUGUUAUUUGUCCAACGAAGGUGAUGCUAUCUAUUGCAAAGCUUGUGAUGCCCCUAAGGAUGAUACCGUUCCCAAAAAAGAUGCCAAUACCAAUAUUCUAGCGCUUUCAAAUCCUUCACAAAAAUUCAGUUUCGGUUUUGGUUCUCCAGCUACAGCUAGUACUACACCAAAACCAAAUGAGGCUAGUACACCUGGCAAAGCUCCCGCUACAGCUGGAUUUGGUGAUGCUUUCAAACCUAAAGCCGGAUCUUGGACAUGUCAGGGUUGUUAUUUAUCCAAUACAGCAGAUGUGGUUUAUUGCAGUGCUUGCGAUGCUCCUAAAGAUGAUACUAUUCCCAAGAAAGAUGCCAAUACCAAUAUAUUAGCACUCUCCAAUCCAUCAUCGAAAUUCAGUUUUGGAUUUGCUGCUACCCCUGUAACAGCUACUGAUAGUUCUAAAUCAUUUACUUUUACACCACCCACUGCAACUUCUACAACAUUAAAUAGCACUCCUUCGACAACAGCUAAUGCACCUUUGGGUAAAUCCACUUUCAGUUUUAGUUUAUCCUCCAAAGCUAUGGAAUCACCAGCUAUGCCUGGUGCGGGCGGAGAAUCUACUCCAAAUACAUUUUCUUUGGAUAAGAAAGAAUUUAGUUUCACUCUCAAACCCAAGAGUCCUGGUAAGGCGGGUAAAAGUCCUUUGAAAUUCGGUGGUGCUGGCGGUGAUGCUGAUGGUGGCGCCGGUGAUGAUGAUGGUGAAGCCGAGUAUCAUGAAGAGGAAGAGAAUAAUACAUAUUUCACACCUGUUAUACCAUUGCCAGAUAAGAUUGAAGUGAAAACCGGCGAAGAAGACGAAGAACUUUUAUAUGUACAUCGCGCUAAAUUAUAUCGUUUCAUUGAUGGCGAAUGGAAAGAGAGAGGUUUGGGUAAUGUCAAAAUUUUACGUCACAAGGAGAACAAAAAAUUACGUGUUGUCAUGAGACGUGAACAAAUUCUAAAAAUCUGUUUGAAUCAUGUGCUCAACGAAGAUGUUGACUAUAAGCGCAAGGAUGAUAAAUCUUGGCUAUUUGUGGUUAAUGAUUUCAGUGAAGGUGAGGUUGAAUUGGAAAAAUUCUCCUUACGUUUUAAGACCAAAGAAGUGGCGGAAGAAUUUAUGGCAACAGUUAAAAAGGCUCUAGAUGGAACAGCAGAGGUUAUUGAGUCACCAGCCAAUACAUCAAUGGCAACACCCACAAAUAAUACACAAGCAUCAACUACAGCUAUGGGUAUAAGUGAAGAGGAUAAAAAGAAGGCAGAUAAAUUGAAAUUACCCCAUGAGUUCUUUGCAACUAAACCAGCAUGUACCGGUUGUAGAGGUUGUGAUCCAGAUAAGUUUGUUUUUGCUGAUGUUAAAAAUCUAUCAUCAUUUGUUAACAAGGAGGAUACACAAAAUCCAUUGGAAGUUAUGGAGUUGCCUGCUUUGACCAUCAACAAAACGACUAUAAAUCGCACUUUAUUAAAGCAAAGUCCUUUGUCAAAAACCAAUGUUAAGGCAGAUACCACUAAAAUGAAUGAUAGUAUUUUCUCUGGUUUUGGUGGAGCCAAUUCUACAGCUUUUACCCCUUCAGCAACAGAAAAACCUGCAAACACCACAUUUUCAUUUGCAGCAGCUCUGAAUAGUACCACUAAACCAGCAGAAGAAGCCAAGACAUUUGGAACAGCAGGUUCAGGAGGAUUCUUAUUUGGUUCAGCUGCAACAACCGCCACAACUAAUGUAGGCGGUGGAUCGAUAUUUGGUGGAUCAGCCAAAGAAAAUACCCUUAGUUUUUCAACUACAUCGGCAGAUAAGACAGCAACCAAAUCCAUCUUUGGUGGUAGUAGUACCAAUACAAGCUCUGCUCCAAUAUUUGGCGGAAAACCUGUAUUCGGCAGUUCGGCUCCCGUUUUUGGAUCUACCGCCACAAAUGCUAAUGAUACCACCAAAUCGAUAUUUGGUAAUUCUGGUAAUACCACACAAAGUGGCGGCAAUGGCACUGGCAAUUCCAUAUUCGGCUCAUCUACUAAUACUACAACUGGUUUUGGAGGAUUCGGCUCGAAUAAUACACAAGGUUCAAUAUUUGGCUCAAGUUCCUCGGCUUUGCCUACAUUCGGUAGCUUAGCAAAAGAUACCAAUACAACACCGUCAUCAGUAGCAACUGGUACUACAUUUGCCGAUUUAUGUAAAACAUCAACAGCAGCUGUAGACUUUGCCAGUUUGGCAGCUAAAACCAAUGCAAAUACUCCACAGACUGGUGACAAAUCCGCAUUUGUAGAUUUAUCAAAAACCUCAACAGCCUCAAUUGAUUUUGCCAGUUUGGCGAAAGCCGGCUCAAAUUCUAACUCCUUUACAAAAUCUACUGAUAAGCCGGGCCCUGGAGGCUUUAUUGGUUUAACACAUCAAAAUGCUUUUUCCAAUUUCUCAAAACCUCAAGCAGAAUUAGAUGCUUCGGAUAAAAAUGCUUCCACAACGAAAGCAAAUGAAUCGCAAAAAAGUGUAGGCGGUGGUGAAGGAGGCGGUGAUGAUAAUGAAGAAAACUAUGAUCCUCAUUAUGAUCCCAUCAUAGAAUUACCCAAUGAGGUGGUGGUCAGCACUGGUGAAGAGGAGGAAACCAAAUUGUUUGGAGAGCGAGCUGUACUAUAUCGUUGGGAUGCCACCAAUAAAGAAUGGAAAGAGAGAGGUGUGGGUGAAUUAAAACUUUUACUACAUCCAGCCAAACAAAGUUAUCGCCUGGUUAUGCGUCGUGAACAAAUUCAUAAAUUGGUCUUGAAUCAUGCAGUCAAUGCUGAUUUUCAUUUCAACAACAUGAAUAACAAUCCCAAAAGUUUUGUUUGGGCUACAUUAAACUAUGCCGAAUCCAAUGAGGGAGAAUUGGAAAAACUAGCGGUGCGUUUCAAAAAGGUGGAAUUGGCUGAAGCCUUUAGCAAACACCUUAAUGACUGCAUUGAAAAUUGCAAGAAACGUGAAAAUAAUUAAAAACAAUUUUAUCUAAAGAACAAACAAAACAAUAUCCAAUUGUUAACGGAGUAAUAAAAUAAAACAAAAAUUAACAUUUAGUUUUACAAAUAUAUAUUUCUUUCUAGGAUUUGUUUAUUUUAUUUUUUUCUUUUUAUUAUUUUGUAUUUACUAGUAAUAAUAAUAAUAAUAUAUUUCGUAAGUUUAUGUUUAGUAUGUAUUAAAAUAAAUUAUUUAUUUUCUGUGGACCACCUCUUUAUUUUAUGCACUGCAGUUGGUCUGGAAAAUUGUAUUUUUUUUCUAUUUUUCAUUUUUUCAAAAUAAAUGUAUCAAUUUAUUCUAGUACUUUUUAUAUCAUUUAACUUAUUACAAAUAUUUUUUUUUUUUUGGAUUAAUUUACCAAUGUUUAGAAAACAUACUUUAUUAUAAUUUUAUUUUACCAGGAAAAAAUCUUUGUUGAAACUCUUAUCUUAAGUUAUUUUCAUAAUUAUUAAUGGUAUUCAAAUAAAAAGUAAAAGAAAUACAAUAA